CUGUGCUCGACAAUCAUCAGUAAAUCUGCUCCGGAUUCUUUCGUAACUUUUUAAAUUAGUGGACAAUAUCAGUGCAAUGCCGGUAAUAUUGGUAUUCGGUCUCUGCAUUUGCAUUUGUUUUUCUUCUCUUUGUAAGUCACAGGCAAUUUUUAAUGAGCCUUGUGAAGAAAUGAAAAGCAAUGGACAGGAAUUGGAAAUAAUCAAGAAAACAAUGGAAUCUCAAGUACUUUUGUUGAAAAAGGAAAUGAACGAUUUUGAUAGUCAACAAAAAUACAUUCAGAGUGUUUUAGAGAUACAGAAAACUCAAUUUUUUGAAGCUUUCGAGCGCUUGAGGUACAUGUAUGAUACUACAGUUCAAAGUAUUAGGCAAUCAAGUUCCUUGCAAAAUUCCAAAAUCAACACCCUUGAGUCCCAGCAAAAUGACAGCAUUCGUUCAAUUAAACAACUAUCUACAGCACUGGAUUCGUUAAUUUCUAUCCGAUUUGUAAAUGGUAGUGCCGUUACUUCCCGUUACGGACGAGUCGAGGUGUUAUACGCUGGUGUGUGGGGAACAAUUUGUGACGAUGCCUGGGAUAAUAAGGACGCCAAAGUCAUCUGUAAAAUGAAAGGCUACAACAGUGGUGGAAUAGCAUACAGGUCGGCCACUUACGGCGAGGGAAGUGGACAAAUAUGGCUUGAUGACGUUCAAUGUACCGGAACCGAGUCCUCGCUAAUGGAAUGUUCAAAGCGCCCAUUUGGACAGCACAACUGUAGACACCACGAGGACGCAGGUGUAUCCUGUAACUGA